AUGUCAAAGGAAGUUGCAAGGGCGGCCUGGAACUCAACAUAUGAGAAGGGUUUAGUCGACGUACUACAUGAUUACAAAGAUAACCCAAAGUUGAAGGGUCAAAAUGGAUGGAAUUCAGAGGGAUGGAAGUGUAUCACUGCUAAGUUUAAUGAAAGGUUCUCUUUGGCUCAUUUCACAAAACAACAACUACAAGAGAAGGAGAAAGAACUUAAAUCAAGCUAUAAAGCAGUAAGAGAUUCAAGAAAGGAAAGUGGAACUGGUUGGAAUGACUCCCUAUGUAUGAUAUUAGCUGAACCAGAGGUUUGGGCAAGGUUGAUUAGUGCUCACCCAAAGGUUGCAAGGUUUCGCAAGAAGCCAUUUCCUCUUUUCUACUCUUUAGAAGCACUUUAUGAAGGUAGUGUGGCUACAGGACAAUUAAAUUUCACAUCAACUCAACAACUGCCUCCUGCUAUUAUUCCUCCUCUUGCUCCUCCUGCUAUUGUUCCUCCUGCUCCUAGUUUUGUUGUUCCUUCAGCUAGGAGUACAUCUGAACAGACUCUCCAUCCAUUCAAUACAAAUCCAUUUGAUUUGGAUGGACAAGAGAUGACAAGUGAAGCUCAAUCUGUGUCAGCUAUUCAUGAAGCAAGAGAGGGAGAAGGUAGCAAAAGUAGAAAGCGUAAGCAGAGCCAUGUUGGAGCAGCUCUCGAAGACUAUGUGGAGUUCAAAAAGAGCCAAACUAACAAGGCACUUGAUGCUCUCAAAGAACUUUCCAUGAGGAAGUGUAUGGAGGAAAUAGAAGCAAUAGGUGGAUUCACAGAAGAGGAGAAGUCAUAUGCUGUGGAGGUCUUUGAGUCCGGGAUUAAUAGAGAGGCUUUCAUGUCAACAAUGAACCACAAUGUUCAAAGAAUGUGGCUAAAGCGCAAAAUCAGCUGGUCAGCAGACUGGGAGGAAACCCCGGAGCUCCAAAUAGCAGCCGGGCAGCUUGACCCUGCCAGGGGCCUCAACACCGGCCCAUCCCGGCUAUUCUCAGCUCAACCCGGUCGGGAAACAUUACUCGUCUCCCCGUCGUGGAAACAAACCACGAGCGAGAGCGCUCAGCGCGAGGCGACGGCGGCGGCUACAUCGGCGUCUACCUACAACACGAAGACCAGCGUGGAGAACAUCAGCUUUUCACCGGUACUCAUGUCCUCCUCCUCAGACUCCUCGCUAAUCUCGCUAGUACGCCCAACUGAUGUUCCCCAGCCAUGUCGUGCGGUCCAAGAUCACACCCACGUCCACGUUCACGCGCCGUCUCUCUCCGGUGGCACCGGGCACAGGGGCCGUCUGCUCGGCGCCGACGAGGCAGAGGCAGAGGAGGAGAGCGAGAGGACGAGACGGGAGCGCCGUGGAACCAGACGAGCGCGCGCCACCCGCUACGGCUAG